UAUCUUAAAAUCAAUUUAAUAUCGUAUCUACACUGCGAUUAACAUCAACGCCAUUGUUUUAAAAUUGUAAUUUGUCAACUUGAUAUUUACCCACUGCUUGUAUACGAAAUUAUGCGUGAAUUGGGCGGGGUUUCGCGGGGUCCAUGGAAAUGUUUGAGAACCGCAGUUAUCACAUUCGUGGUGGUUGUUCGUGUUUAAUUGGAUUCAUAUGUAUAAGAAUUCAGACACGUUUAUUUCAAUCGGUAACAAACAUUUCUGUUCAGAACCAUAUUAUUGUAAAGUGUUUUAAAAAUAAAUCGAUAUUUUUCCAAGUAAAUUAUUUUACUAUGGGUUUGAUGUGCUACGAUCAAAAUAAGACAUUGAAAACCCCAAAGUCUGUAUGGAUAAUUUUACUCGUUGAGUUAUGCGAACAAUUUAGUUAUUACGUAUUCAGAACUGUCUUAGUCUUGUAUCUAACGAGAGUAUUAUAUUUUAAUGAAGACAUAUCGACAAUAAUACAUCACAGUUGUGUAUUUCUAUCUUACUUUAUGUCAUUUGUUGGUGCAAUUUUGGCCGAUACGUAUUGGGGAAAAUUCAAAACAAUAAUAAGACUAUCAGCAGUGAAUGUUUUGGGAAGUAUGAUACUCACCAGCGCAUCGAUGUCAACAAACGUGUUCAGUCUCAACAUUCAAAAAGUUAUUGCUCUUCUCGGGUUGUUGGUCAUUUCGGUUGGAGCGGGUGGAAUAAAACCGUGCGUUUUUGCCUUUGGGAGCGAUCAAUUCCAGUUACCCCAACACGUGAAACAGUUCCAGCGUUUUAUUGUAAAAUUCAUGAUCGCGGUAAGUAUCGGUGCGUUGGCGACGUCGUUCGCGACGCUCGAAUUACGAGAGAGCGUACUACAUCGUUUUAGAAAAAAUAAUAUUUAUCCUCUGGCGUUUGGAGUGCCGGCUGCGUUGAUGUUGAUCGCCACAGUCGUAUUAGCUUCCGGCAGAAACGUAUGCACGAAGAUGAAGCCAGACAAUCACGCCGUUUUCAGAACGAUUGGUUGUAUGUUUUACGGGCUGCGCGCAAAGUGCAUCUCCUCGCGUUCCCCGCGCAAUAAUCACUGGCUUGACAACGCUAAGGACGAGUACACUGAAACCGAAAUUUCGGAAAUGAAGACAUUUCUAAACGUGAUCACUGUGUUCACGGCAUAUCCAAUGUAUUGGGCGCUGUACGAACAAAGUUCUCGGUGGACGUUACAGGCCACGCUGAUGGACGGCCGUUUGGAAUAUUUGGACUGGUCAAUCAAAGCGGAUCAAAUGCAAAUGAUAACAUCAAUUUUUGGAUUGGUAUUUCUUUUCCUAUUCAACUAUACGUUAUACCCAUUGUUAAAAAAGCUCGGUGUUCGAAAACCAUUACAAAAUAUUACGUUGAGCAGUUGUCUAGCCGUUAUAGGUUUUAUUUUUGCGGCUCUUCUCCAAUUCGAAAUCAACGGAGACGAUCCGGUAAUACCACCAAAAGAGGGUCGUCUUAAUAUUUACAAUGGGUUCGAUUGUAACGUCAUAUUGCAUUCACCUACGUUACACGUGGAUAAAUUAGGCGCUCUUGAAAUGAUUAAUGUUAACUACAUGCCAAUUUCACAAGAAGAAAUCGUUGAAAUCAAAUUACAGUUCGAUGCUGCGUGCACUUUCGUUCCUGAAAAUGUUACACUUAACACUACUGUGACUGUCGCCGAGGGAAAAGAGAUUUCUUAUUACUUGACACGUUCAAACUUAACCACGAUUGAACUAACCCGCAUUGGUAUUUAUGACAAUUUAACGAAAAACAAACAUGGAAACCCGAUUUUGAGAGUUUUGAUGGACUAUUCUUUAGACUUUGAAGACAAUAUUUCAUUGGAAAAUGGAGACAAAAACGUACAUCGAUUUCCAUCAUUUCGUGGAAUGGAUUUCAUCCCAAUGAAAAUUGGCAAGUAUAGUUUGUGUUGGAAUGGAAUAGUGUUUCCCAUGUAUAUUGAGUUAUUUCCAGCUACAUUUUAUACGCUCAUUUUACAGAAAAAUGACCAAAAAAUAGACACUAAACUAUUUGCAAAAUAUGAAAGCAACCGUGUUCAUUUACUUUGGCAGCUCCCGCAGUAUUUUUGCAUGACCGUAGCUGGUGUCAUUUUUAUGGUUAGCUGUUUGGAAUUUUCAAUGACUGAGGCCCCGUUAAAUUUUAAAUCGUUAAUAUCAGCAUUCAAUUUGUUGACCGCAGCAUUCGGAAACUUGUUGGUCGUUAUCAUAUCAGCUUUAUCAAUUGAAAACCAAGCUUACGAGUAUUUGUUGUACUCUGGUCUCAUGUGCGCCGACACGAUGUUAAUCGCUUAUUUCAGUAUUGUUUACCGAAGCGGCAAUAAAACACAUUAUUAAAAAAAAAAAACCGGAAAGUGUCACAUGUGACAGUCAGAAGAUGAUAGGAUUGAACAUUUUUAAAAAUUAUAUUUGUUCAAAGAAAGAACGCAUUCUAUGCCACCGUUCUAUCUUAGUCUAGUCGAGUUAUGUGAAGAGCGGCUAUCAUACGAUUGGUAAGAUUCGGGAUACAGCAGUGGUCGGUGGUGGCCAGACGGUAAUUUGUGGCCGUAAAAACAUCCCCAUCCUAGUCACUGUUUCGUACCGCUGUGCCACACUGCAGUCUUGAUACCGAACCAAAACGUAUACGUGGAAAAUUGAAUACUUCCAAUAACUAUUUAAUUAAUUAAAUUAUUGAAGUUUUCUCAUUAGAUGACUUAUAUGCACACAAAGUACUCACUUUAAAAAAAAAAAUCAGUAGAAUAUUCAAAUAUAACUGUCAUCAAAAUCGUCUCUCUUUCUAUAAUAUUCUCUUAAUAUAAUAGGUAUUGAGUUACGUAAUAAUUAAUAAUUAAUGAAUAGGUAUGCAUAAGGUGCUGCACCCACCAAAGUAACAUGACGCGUGAUCUGACGAAUGAUAUGACCAAUAAAUAACAAAUGAUUUGUGUGACUCGCACCAAAAUCACAUGAUUUUCUAAUGACAAGUCAUUUCUAUGUUUUUUUUCAGUUGCCAU